AUGAGUGCUAAACCAACUAGUACUAGAGAAGAAUCUGAUGAUAUUCAGAUGACUGCACAAGAACUCCAUAUUUUAUCUGAAUUAGAUAGUCGUCAGUUUGGAUUUUUACUAUUGAGUCAACCAGAAAAUGCAUUAAAAAAGGCAUUGGUACAAAAAGCUGUGAAAUACCUACAACUGAUGGUAGUACAAGCAAAGAGACACCAAACUAUCAAAGAAAAUGAAGAAAAUAAUCAAUCAAAAAAUAUAAGUAUAGACCCAAAAACAUGGGUGAAGCUAGGGCACUUCCACUUGUUAUUAGAAGACUAUAGAAAGGCUCUAUCAGCCUAUCAAAUGUUUUACAAGACACAAGCUGAAAAUCAUUGGCUGGACACUAGUUUUCUCUAUGGCAUAGGCUUAGUUUACUUCCAUUAUAAUGCAUUUCAGUUUGCCAUCAAGGCAUUCCAGCAAUUACUAUAUGUCUCUCCAGGAUUCCAAAGAGCAAAUGAAGUGAACCUUCGACUGGGAUUGAUGUUCAAAGUAAUGCAAGAGUAUGAUCUAUCUCUAAAACACUUACAGUUAGCCUUAGUGGAUAAUAACCCUUGUACUGCAGCAAAAAGCAUGAUAAAGUUCCAUAUAGCUCAUUUAUUUGAAGUUCAGGGGAAGGUUAGAGUUGCAAAAGAUAGGUAUGAUGCUUUAAUCAAGGACAAAUCAAUCACUCAGUCACUGAGAGCUGAUAUUUUGCGGCAGCUAGGUUGGUUAUACCAUUGCCAAGAAUCUCUGGGUGAGAAGAGCCAGCGAAUACCAUUAGCAAUACAUUGUUUGCAGAAAGCCAAUGAAGCUGAUCAGUUUUCGGGCCAAACCUUGUAUCUCCUCGGUAGGUGCUAUGCAAGCAUUGGAAAAGUACAUGAUGCUUUCAUUGCUUACAGAAAUUCUGUUGAGAAAUCCGAAGGCAAUGCAGACACCUGGUGCAGCAUUGGUGUACUGUACCAACAACAAAAUCAACCUAUGGAUGCCCUUCAAGCUUACAUUUGCGCUGUGCAGUUGGAUAAGUGUCAUUCUGCUGCAUGGGCCAACUUAGGUAUUCUAUAUGAGAACUCGUUUCAAGCCCGAGACGCAUAUGCUUGCUACUUGAACUCUAAUCGCGGGAUGUCGGAUGCAGCCGGGGAAGAUUCCCCUACCAAGCUACCGCAAAUCAACUUUCCAAAGAUAGGGACAAACCCUCAGUUAGCCCAGCGUAUAGCUUUCCUUCACACCCAUCUUUCUAGCGCUCCGAUGCCUAGCGUCACGUCACAGAGGAGGCAGCUGCUGUCCAUCGAGGAGGCUUGGAAUCUUCCAAUAUCUGCAGAGAUGUCUUCCCGGCAACAGAAUUCUUCUCAACCAGCGAGAGGCACUCCCGCUCAGAGUUUCCAGAAGAAUUACUCGGCUCCUACACCACAAGGGCCUCCACCUCCAUAUCCUUCACCCAAUGAGACCUCUACCAAACGUUUCAAAAUGGAGGUUGAUCAAAAACUGCCUCAGUCUCCAUAUGGACUGUCUCCUCAGCAUUUGCAGCUGUUGAAUCACUUUCAGCAAAAUGCAGGGUCCUUGAACCCUGCACAGCAGAAUCUAAUGCAGCAUUUGCAACACCAAUACAGAUUGAUGCAACAGAAUCAGGAGAUCAAAAGACCUGCAGCUCAAAGACCUGCCAUUCCAUCUAGUUUCGGGAAUAACCAACCUUUUACUCUAGCAGGACUCAACACAGUUAAAACUGAGAAAUUAGUGCAACCCAAUAGUUUACUGGAGCCGAAGGAUUUCAUGGCGCCAGUAGGGAAUUCCGCGACCGAUUUAGAUGAGAACCUUGAGGAAGAUUUGAAGGAUUUGCUGGCACAAAAGGAUUUAGCGACUACGUUGGCCGAGAAUAUUUUGAAGCAUUUUGGGUCGCAGGAUAUGGAUGUCAAGGAGACUGUGGAGAAUACUGGCUCUGGUGGUAUUAAUACUUUAUCAUCUGGACCUUUUUCACCAUCAAACAUUGAUAGGAAGCCGAAUAUUUCUCAUGAUAAGGUAUGCAAUACAUGA